UUAGUUCAGACCUUCCUCCAGAGCGCAGCGGCGAUGGCUGGUUGCGAACAACAACAACAACACCGCCGCAGCCGCCGAGAACAGUCCUAACGACGACAUACGAAUGACUUACGGAAACCUGCAGCACUUCCCCUUUCAGACUGCGUUGCGAAGCGACGGGGAAAACAUGACGGCUUCUGUGACGAAGCGGAGUGAAGAAAGUCUUCCCUUCGAAACUGAGGACCUUCAGCAGCCACAACGAGAUGCGCUCCAAGGCCACGGGAGCCACUAGCCGGACCCUCGGCCACAUCAUGUCUGCGUAAUCGGCGCACGGCGAGAACAAGAAGGCAGCGCCAGCGGCUCACACUCUUACCGGAGCAGAACCGACCGCUAAUAAACAACUUUUUAAAAUGACCACGAUGGCUUAGAUCUCGACACACAGUUGGUUAGCUAACUGCUAAUGUGGCUAACUAGCCGCGGCGUCGCGAGCGAACGAAAAACUAAGACGAACUGCUGCGGUAGUAAGUGCUCUUUCAGUUCACUGAUAGCUAGCUGGAGUCGCUGAGAACUUUAUGAUAUCUGCAACGACGGAAGAAGCAGCACAUAGCAUUUCUUUUUUUGUUUUUUUUUUUUUUGCAUAAACCGUGCAAGAGACGAUUCGGCAUCACUGAACAGCGGUAUUUUCCUGUUCGCUCGUGCCAGUACUAGCUAGUGCCGCUUCGCCUUCGUUUCGAUGCAGCUCCGCGCGGCACUGGGACGUGACUCUGACUGAACGACCGACCGACUGACUGACUGACUCGCGGCUGACCGACCGUUCCGUAGCAGCAGCAGCACGGGACACUCCUCCUCCUCCGUAACCUCUCGGACACUUGACCAGUUGGGACAGACUUGGGUAGAGCCGCCGCUAAGGAGUGUUCCGGAGCUACGGAAGCAGACGGGCUGCAGUCAGACUGAGUCAGUGUGCGGGGCCGGGGCCGCGGAGCCGAUGCCGACCACUGGGAGCGGGUCACGGCAACAUCAGGAGCCGCCGCCGCCUCAGCAGCAGCCAUGCAGCCACAGCAGACGUACGACUUUUCGAGUGACGAAAACAGCCAUAAAUGGAGGGGCCUUUUUGUACAAGCGCUGCGAAAGGUGCAGCUUCAGGUGCACCCGAACCUGUCGGCGAAGGAGGACGCGCUGCAGCACAUCGAGGAGCUGAUUCUGCAGCUGCUCAGCAUGCUGUGUGUGGCACAGCCACGAACUGUGCAGGACGUGGCGGACCGUGUGCAGAAGACCUUUCCGCAUCCUAUUGACAAAUGGGCUAUUGCUGAUGCACAGUCAGCCAUCGAGAAGCGUAAACGGAGAAACCCACUGCUCCUGCCUGUGGACAAGAUCCACCCUCUGUUGAAGGAGGUCCUUGGUUACAAGAUUGACUAUCACGUGUCAUUGUACAUCGUGGCUGUGCUGGAGUAUAUAUCAGCAGACAUCCUGAAGUUGGCUGGGAAUUACGUGGGCAACAUCCGUCACUAUGAAAUCAGUCAGCAAGACAUCAAGGUCUCCAUGUGUGCUGACAAGGUACUCAUGGACAUGUUCGAUCAGGACGAAGACAUUGUGGUAUCUCAGUAUCCAGAUGAGCCGUCCACUACGGGUGAGCUCACCUAUGAUGAUCUGGUACGUCUGGAGAUUGCAGAGGAGCGCCAGUACCUUCGGGAGAUAGACUUGAUCAUCAAGGUGUUCCGCCACUCCUUCAUGUCCAAUGACAAACUCUUUACACCUCAGGAUAUAGAGGGGAUCUUCAGUAACAUCCUGGACAUCCACGAACUCAUAGUGAAACUCCUGGGCCUGAUUGAGGAUGCAGUGGAGAUGACCGCGGAUGGAAGUCCCCAUCCCCUUGUGGGCAGCUGCUUUGAGGACCUAGCAGAGGAGCAAGCAUUUGACCCCUACGAGACCCUGUGCCAGGAUAUCCUCUCAAGGCAAUUCCAGGAGCACUUCAGCAGCCUGAUGGCCAAGCCGACAGUGGCCCUGCACUUCCAGUCAAUCGCCGAAGGCUUCAAAGAGGCUGUUCAGUACGUCUUGCCUCAGCUCAUGAUGAUCCCUGUGUAUCACUGCCUUCACUACUUUGACCUGCUGCAGCAGCUGCAGGAGCGCAGCCAGGACCAAGAUGACCAGGAGUGCCUGAAACAGGCCAUCACAGCAUUGCUGAACUUGCAGUGCAGCAUAGAGCGCAUCUACAACAAGCACCUGCCACGCCGCAAGCCCGGGGAGCACAUGUAUCGUCUGUACAGCCGGCAAGUGCGAAGCAAACAACUGGCCAUCAAGCGCAUGAACGAAAUCCAGAAAAGCAUUGAUGGCUGGGAGGGCAAGGACAUUGGGCAGUGCUGCAGCGAGUUCAUCCUAGAGGGAACACUGUGCCGUGCUGGUGCAAAGCACGAGCGCCACAAUUUCCUGUUUGAUGGCUUGAUGAUCAGCUGCAAGGCCAACCAGAGUUCGAGGCUGCCAGGGUCAGGCAGUGGGGCAGAUUUUCGACUGAAGGAGAAGUUUGUGUUGCGCAAGGUGCGCAUCGUGGACCGCGAAGACACACCUGAGCUCCGACACGCCUUUGAGGUGCUCGGCAAGGAUGAGAACUGCGCUGUGUUCUGCGCAAAGUCUGCCGAGGAGAAGAACAUGUGGAUGGCAGCACUAGUGACAUUGCAAUAUCGCUCAACACUGGACCGCAUGCUGGAUGCUGUCCUCUUGCGCGAGGAGCAGACCCAGCCGCUGCGGCUGCCGUCGCCCGAGCUGUACCGCUUUGCUGUGCAGGACUCUGAGGAAAACAUAGUCUUCGAGGACCGUGUGCAGAGCAAGACGGGCAUUCCCAUUAUCAAAGCUGGCACCGUGGUGAAGCUGAUUGAAAGGCUCACCUACCACAUGUAUGCAGAUCCCAACUUUGUACGGACUUUUUUAACCACAUACCGGUCAUUUUGCAAGCCUCAAGAACUGCUCAGUCUGUUAAUAGACAGGAUCGAGAUCCCAGAACCAGAGCAAACGGAGGAAGACCGACAAGCUUUGUGGAAUGGUGAUCAGCCAAUGGCAGCAGAGCUCCAGCGGUUCCGGAGGGAGUAUGUCCAGCCAGUACAGCUCAGGGUUCUCAAUGUCUUCCGCCAGUGGGUGGAACACCAUUUCUAUGACUUUGAGACAGACCCAGAACUGCUGUACAAACUGGAGGAGUACAUCACCAGUCUUACGCAGCUACGAGGGAAAUCCAUGAGAAAGUGGGUGGAGUCUAUCAACAAAAUAAUCAAGAGGAAGUUGCAGACACAAACAAAUGGUGUUAGUCACAAUAUCACCUUUGAGAGUGCACCCCCUCCAAUAGAAUGGCACAUCAGCAGGGCAGGGCAAGUGGAAACUUUUGACCUGAUGACUCUUCACCCCAUUGAAAUUGCACGCCAGCUCACACUGCUUGAGUCUGAGCUGUACAGAGCUGUCCGGCCAUCUGAACUUGUUGGCAGUGUCUGGACCAAAGAGGACAAGGAGAAAAACUCGCCAAACUUGCUGCGUAUGAUCCGACACACAACAAACCUCACUCUUUGGUUUGAGAAGUGCAUCGUGGAAGCGGAGAACAUAGACGAGCGAGUGGCUGUACUGACACGCAUCAUUGAGAUCCUGCAGGUGUUUCAGGAGCUCAACAACUUCAACGGCGUGUUGGAGAUUGUCAGUGCCAUAAACUCUGUGCCUGUAUACAGACUAGAUCACACCUUUGAGGCUGUGCCUGAGAGAAAGAAGAGAGUUUUGGAGGAAGCUGUUGAGCUCAGCCAGGACCACUUUAAGAAGUAUUUGGCAAAACUUAAGUCAAUAAAUCCACCUUGUGUGCCUUUCUUUGGUAUAUAUUUAACAAACAUCUUGAAGACAGAAGAAGGGAACCCAGAUUUCCUCAAGUGUCACGGCAAGGAGUUGAUCAACUUCAGCAAGCGCAGGAAAGUGGCAGAGAUCACUGGGGAAAUUCAGCAAUAUCAGAAUCAGCCUUACUGCCUCAAGACAGAGCCUGAAAUCAAGAAGUUCUUUGAAAGCUUAAAUCCAAUGGGAAGCAUGAGUGAAAAGGAGUUUUCCGACUACCUGUUCAACAAGUCUCUGGAAAUUGAGCCACGCAGCUGCAAGCAGCCACCUAGAUUUCCCAGAAAAACCCAGUUCACACUCAAGUCCCCUGGUAUUCGCCCAGUGCGGCACACCUCUACCUCAGGAACCCUGAAGGGCCACCCAGUACCCUUGGAAAGGGAACCGCUUCACAAGAUCACCUUCCGCAACAUUGCAGAGACAGAGCAUGAGAGCACAGCCUCGGUGCCGACCUCGCCAAACACCCCCACCCCACCCCAGUCAGCAUCCUCUGACCUUAGCUCUGUGUUUAUGGAGCCUGAUCUCAACAGCUCUUGCGGUAGCAACAGUAUAUUUGCCCCGGUUCUACUGCCACCUUCGAAGUUUCACUCAGUUUCUUGCGGGAGUCUGCACCAGCUCGGAGAGGAGCUGCUCAAACCUCCGCCUCUCCCUCCCCGAAGGAAGGAGGCUUUUUCCGAGGCCAAGUUGAACAGCAAGUCAGACAGUCCUCCAGCGAUUCCCCCAAGGCUUCCCCCACCGCUUCCCAGGGUACAGCCACGAAUGCCAGUAUACAAUGGGCCGAGCGAGAGUCCCCUGCCCAGCCCUCCUCCGCCACCCCCUCGAGACCCCCUGCCCGACACCCCGCCACCUGUGCCUCAACGCCCCCCGGAGAUCUUCAUCAACUAUCCGGUCAACUUGCAGCCGUCGCCUGUGGGUCGCUUCCACUGGGAUUUCGGAAGCUCUCCCAGCUCACCCAACACUCCACCAGGCACACCUUCUCCGCGAGUGCCCCGUCGCUGCAGCCCACUCAGCGCUAGUCAGAACAGCCUGUGCCAGCUCUCCUUGUCUGCAGCUGCUCCUCCAGUUCCCCCUCGCUACAACUCGAGCCCUCAGCUCCCGAAACUGCCGCCAAAGACUUACAAGAGGGAUCUGUCACAACCGCCCAUGCGGGGCACCUCGUUGGUAGAAAAUACAGACAGUAACCAGUGAGGAUUCCUGAAUGGAUGCACUUGUUGGAAACUUGCACAACACUGAACGUGUGGCAUGAACUUUAUAAAUAAAACUUUAAUUGCUAAAAAUUACCUUUUAAACUCUUGAUCUUUAACUUUAGUGAACAAACUAAUUAAAUGAAAGCUACUGACCACAAAGACUGCUCCACACCACACACUAUCCACCCACCUCUGGCAUUGACCAAUCCUACCACACCUCUCAGGGGAUCAGUAGCUCCACCAUUCUUCAAGCCCUGUGUGCCAAUGAAAUCUCAGCACCAGAGUACCCGUCACUGCCUAUCCGCCAUUGUGCAGGAAGCACCUUGGACCGAGAGCCUGCCGUUCUGUGCGCGUGUGUGUGCGCGUGUGUGUGCCAGCGCGCGCCAGUGUGUGCCUGCAGGUGUGACUUUGCUGUAGCAGAUACUUGGCUGUAAAGCGUUUCAGUGAAGUGUGCUGGUGUUUAUUGGGGAAGGCACUGAAACUAGGAGAAGUGGCUGAGGGUGUUAAUGGCAGGUGGGCGGGGCCUUGGGAAUGAUGCAUUCAGCCCUGCCCUUUCAUACAGUGGGAAGCUACUUUCUGUUGUAUUUCAUAUUCAUUCCUUGUCACACUACACAAUGUUGUGUUUUUUUUUUU